UUUUUAUACUCCAAAUCCUGUAAUUAUUUUUUCCCGGUUUUUUUUAUUAUUAUAAUUUUUUUCUUUGGUGUGACUUAUCAGUGAAACUGAAACUGGAAAGAUAUCAAUAAAUACAAGGCAUCAACCUCCUUUUAGGCAAGAAACAUGGAAGCAGCAGAAAAGAAGUUUCGGCUUCUAGAGAUCGACACAGCUAAAAAAGAGCCAAAACGUAGUAACCGGUUGCCAGGAGGCACACAAAGAUACUCGACGUCUUUUUUGUUUAAUGUGGAAGCCAAGGGAACGGAAGAAAAGUUACACAAUCAUAAAAGAUCGGCAAGUGCUGGCCACGAAAGCAUCAUGUUACCUAGAGCGGAUUGUGAGAGCAGCAGUAAAGGGUUGAUCCGACAGCAGUUGACAAACAGAAAGAAGUGGUUUCAACUACCUCGUAUCACACUGAAGAGGCAAGCAUCUACCCCACCACGAGCAGGCUAUGGUGGGUUAAAAGCUGGCCUAGUGGAACCUCCUGAACCUCCGCCACAACUCCUAUUUAACUUGGCGUGGUCAUCCAAUGAUGCCCCCCUCGGUAAUGAUGUCAAUAGUACUCCUAAUACACCCACCAUCAGUAAAAGAAGCUCUGGCUUCAACUUUGACAUUAUCGAACCACCAAUUAUACCCUCGCUUAAUGAUAGAAUCGUGCGUCGUCAAAGCUGUCCAAAUUACGAAGAUAACGAAAUCCUUAAAAAACAGACUAAAUUAUUCUCUUUUGGAAGACCCGUUUUACGAAGAGGAGUUUCAACUGAUGGCUAUACGGUUACACCGUCCGCUUCAUCAUCCACUUCAUCAACUUCUUCCAUACCUCCUCCAUCGCCGAUAUCACCCUGUCUAGAUGAUUUUAAACCCCUCUUUAUUGUAUCGGCUCCAAACUCAGAUGAUGUUGUCUUGGAUUUCAAAUCAAUCAAGCCAAGGACAUGUAAACUUUUGCGCAAAGUGAACCCCAAAAUAGAACUAAAAGCAUUGAACGUAUGGCAAACUCAACUACUAAUUUCUUUAAACACCACCAAAUCACUACCGCGGGAAAACCCAUCGCCUGAAAAAGCUGAGCGUUACUUUCUGACCAGAAAAUUCAUCCUGAGAGAAUUUUAUACGACCGAAAUUAAUUUCUGGAAUCAACUAAAUUAUACCAAAGUAAUGUUUUAUGACCCUCUUCAACUGGCUGUCGAAAGAAAUAGCGAUGUAACCAGGGCUGCUGAUAUCGAUGCAUUCUCAAACUUACAAGAUCUUAUGCGCUUUUCUUCCACCCUCAUCAUUCGUGUACGAAACGAUCAAAUGGAAAGGUCCGACGGUAAUAUCAGUCAAGAGGAUAUUGCAGAUCCUGACUGCCAAACCAGUCUAAACAAUGUGAAUAUGGGUUUGAUCUUACGUAGCAUGGUGGAGUAUAUGGUUGUCUUCUUAAGAUGUGCAUUGGAUUACAAAACAAACAAGAAAACAUUGGACAUGCGUUUAAAUAAAAAGGCUUACGCUCUUUAUGCAGAGAAACUCGCCUUGAAAAAAGAGACUCGUCGAUUUACUUUACAAGAUUAUCUCAUCAUCCCUAUACAGCGUAUCACAAGAUAUGGCCUAUUACUAGCUGACCUGGAAAAGCAUACGGAGACAACUCAUCCUGACUACGAAGAUAUAAGGAUUGUUCGAUGUAUCGUUGAAAGUUUGGCCGUUGCCAUGAACUCAGUGCAGAAAAAAUAGUCAUGCAUUUGAGCUUUAACUUGUGUAUAUACUAAGCGUUAUUAUUAUUAUUUUCAUUUUCACUAUUAUUCUUAUACUACUUUCUCUUAAUAAACCGUUUACUGACAGAGAACAGCCUCAAAAA